CGCUAUGAAUAAUCCAUCAUGUGGAGGUGAGCCGGAGCAGCGGAAGCAUCAUGGGGAACGCAGACAGACCGGGAAAAACAGGGAAAACACAGAUAUGUGCAGACAUACAUUGAUUCUACUGAAUCACUAACAGUGAUACUAUGAGAAUUACAGAACACAUGGAUUUCACCGUUCUGAGGAAGCUGAGUACGCUGUCACACACACAGGGAUCUAACUAAUGGGAUCACAUGUGGAUCCAGGUCUGAGGAAACCUAGGGGAGAGCAGAACCGAGACAAGAUACAUUAUGUGGCUGCUAACGUCAUGUCUUACGCCACCCUUUUAUAACUGAGGUGUUGGGCACACGGACACAACACAAGAUCACUUUCCCUAAGGACAAGCCCUCUUAACUGCCAUCAUCAGGAUUUUGCCACCCACCUUCUUCAACCUUUCCACCCCAGACAGGGGAUCUGCACCCCUGUUUUACCUUCUCCAGACCCCUAAUUCUGAAGGUAUGUUCUGCUUCUGUUUCCAGAGCCCCUCCCUGAAGCAGCAAGCCCUGGAGGCUGAGCUGUGCACCUCGCCCCCCGGAACGCCCCAGGAGGUCCUGGAACUCCCCCCUUGUACCAAUGACUACCAGAGCCUAACCCCAUCUCUCCAAUCCCUCCCAAAACAGGACCAGGACAUCAUCAGCACUUCACUGACAGAAGCCAGUCCGGUCCAUAGGGCCCCCAUGUCUCUCUCUGAGGGGAGCAGCAGUGAGUGUCUGCUGACCCCUGGUCCUAUUCCUCUCCUCCAGCGCCUCGCGGCUGGCGACUGUCCCAUUCCGUCCCCCCGCUGCCACAACCUCAGCCAGGGCCAGCGCUUCAAUACAGACCCGGAAACUGCCCCAUCCCCACCCUGCUCACAAUACAUCAGGAUGGCUCAUUACACAGUCAGGACUGAACCAGCAGAGGGGGCUAUCAAGACCCCAUCAGUCACAAUGCUAAACAGACACAUCCAGAACCUGAGGAAGAGGAUCAGACAUUUUGAGGAGCGAUUUGAGCAAGAGAGACACUACAGGCCAGCAUACAAUGAUAAGACUGCCCACCCAGAAAUAUCUAGGCUGAUGCGAGACCUCACUAAGUCUCGCAAGCAGCUGAAAGAGCUGAAGCUGAAACAGUGUGUGGAUGGGCUCAGAGAGCAGCAGAGAGGACGGAACACAGCUACAUGCAGGUCAACCAGAGACCCCCAGGGGGCGAUGGAGCACUACCAGAACAGUAACAACAAACCCUCACUGAAGGAGACUGUCGAUAGCCUGAACAAGAGAAUGAUGGAGAAACGACAGGAGGGACUGCCAGAUAACAUCAAGGAGAUGACUCCGGCUCAGAUGGCUGUGGAAAAGGUCACCCUGCAGAAGUGUCUGCUCCACUUUGAGAGCCUGCAUGGACGACCGAGCACCAGGCAGGAGAAGACUCUGAUGAAGCCCUUCUAUGAUCGCUACCGCCAGGUCAAACAGCAGCUCCUGUGUUCCUCCACCACCAUCCCUUUCAUCACCACAAUAGAGGAAGAGGAGUGUUCUGAUGAAGAGUAUGUGAAGGACAGCCCCUGGCUACCUCAUACAGCGUUGCACUGUGUGUCUUCAGAAGAGUCACUGUGUCUACCGCAUAAUGAGGUAGCCAGCACACCUCUCGUGUCGCCUCUAGAGGAGAUCAAAAGUCUACAUCCACCCAGUUUCACCACAGCAACACUGCACGAGGCAUCAAGAUCAGAGUUACUGGAGCAGCUGAGGGUGACACGAGCAGAGAAGAAGAGACUCCGUUCAGUACUCCGAGACUUUGAGGACCACUUCUACACACAGACCGACAGGAAUGCCCAGAAAGAGGACCGCGGGCCCAUGGCAGAGGAGUACUGCGAGUACAAGCACCUAAAAGCUAAACUCCACUUACUGGAAGCCCUGCUCAGUAAACAGGAUACUUAG